AAAGAAACUGUAGUUCAGAUUUUAGUUGCUUCAUGUUGCCUUGAUAGUAGCUGACACGUACAGAAGUUAAAUAUGAAUAUCAGUUUUGAAGGCAAGCGUAUUCUUGUGACGGGAGCUGGCCAAGGUAUUGGUAGAGAAACAGCUCUCCGACUUUCGAAAUUCCGAGGAACAGUGAUUGCACUUUCAAAAACUAAAAAGAACCUCGAGUCGUUGGUUAUAGAAGACCCGAAAAUUCAUACGAUUUGUGUCGAUGUAGCGAAUUGGGACGCUACGAGAACAGCCAUCAAAAAUGUUUUACCCAUCGAUUUACUUGUGAAUAACGCGGCAAUUGCGAUUUUGACUUCUUUUCUCGAUGUUAAGCCCCAAGAUUUCGACCAGAUUUUUAAUGUUAAUUUAAAAUCAGUCAUAAAUAUUUCACAAAUCGUAGCCGAAGAUUUGAUUGAACGACAAGUCUCGGGUAGCAUCGUUAAUGUGUCAUCGGUGGCAGCUUUAGUGGCAAUCAAAGAACGCGCGAUUUAUGGUUCCACCAAGGCAGCUUUAGACAUGUUGACAAAAGUUAUGGCUUUAGAAUUGGGGCCUCAUAAUAUACGUGUAAACACUGUCAAUCCAACUGUAGUAAAGACAGCCAUGGGCCAAUCAAAUUGGAGUGAUCCAGAAAAAGCAGCUACCUUAAGAGCCAAAAUUGCCUUAGAUCGCUUUGCUGAACCUCACGAAGUGGUCGAUGCAAUAGUGUUUCUUCUAAGCGAUAAAAGCUCGAUGACAACAGGUGCUGCAAUUACUGUCGAUGGGGGAUACACGACCCAAUAAAUAACAAAUGUUUUAUCAUUGAAAUUUGUAUGAUUUGACAAUAUUUAUCCGAUUAUUGUAAUUAGAUAACAAAACGAUCAUAGUCAUAAAUAAAAACUCAUUAUAAGUGAUAAAGAAAUUGGAAAAAUCAGUGAACUUGUUUUAUAACUUCAACGUUAGAUUUUAUCUGAUGAUACACGUAAAAGCUCGAUUAACUUUGCUUUCUUUUCAUCAAGAUAUACUGAACUUGAUUACAGAAUUAUGUAAACAGUAUAAAUAUAAAACCGAUGAAAAUGAUUUGAAGUCAAUAUAAUAGCAAUGGUAAAGUUAAUGGUUCUGUAAUAAAGUUACAGAACUUUUAUGAAAUAAAUUAUCAAAUUUUAAUUUGACAAAUAAGCCUCACUUUCCACUUUCAUAAAUUUAAGUUAUACCAUCUGUGCAAAUAUUUUCACUACAUUGACUAUGUCAAUAUCGAAAAAUUACAUUAUUAAAUCGUUACUAACAUUGUUUCGGGCAUCGUAAGCAAGACGUUAACAGUUAGCGCCAAA